AUGACCGUGAGCCCAAAGGAUCCCCGUCCUGGUGCUGCGUCCCGCCGAGACGCCGAGCUCCCACCCACUCCCGACAGCCGUCGCAGCUCGUCUGUCAGUUCGAACUCGAACGUCGAGGUGUGGCGUGCAGGCAUGUCAAGCCUGAAAGGCUACGGUUCAUCUCCAGAGUUGCCUUCCCUACCCUCACCGUCCGGGACCGCCAACCCAACCGAGCUUACCGAGCGAGAUCAGAAGGUCAACAUCACCUCUGAGCCGAAGCAAGGAUUGUCACCAGUUCCAGACAGCGACGUUGAGCGCCAGCUGCAGGAAAUCGACGCGAUGGCUUUCCCUGCGUUUGCGUCGCCGUCUGAUACGUUGCGCGGCGACUCACGUGAGUUGGUCACCCGCAAAUCCAGCAAUCUCUUCAGCACUGUGCAGAAGCGUAAGGCGCAGUGGAAUAAUGAGGCUGAGAUCGCCAAGAAGCGCCAUCUGGUCACCCUCGGGUCGGCGUUCCUUGCUCCAUUAACUCGCACUUCGACUCAUCAGUUUAAACAACAGCUGCCUCACUCGGACCGAGCCAACUCUAGGCACAUUUCCGACCGUGAUCAACGAGCCGGAGACCGCGACCGCGAACACAAUCGUGACCGUGAUCGUGACCGCGACUGGGACCGCAACCGCCGCACCCCGCCAGCUUCGGACAGGCCGCCCUCACCCCCUCCAGCCUUGCCCGACUUCAACGACGACACAACAGUGCUCCUCGAGAUCCCGCCCGGCACGACGCAGAUCACGCCACGCAUGCUCAAGGGUCUUGUUGCGCGCACCAGCGAGCGUCGCAACGCCAAGUUCUUGCACGACCGCCGCAGCUCUCGCAGCAAUUUGUGCGAUUGGCUCGAUCGCCUGAAUGACGCGAUCACGAACGGCGACCUUCGCGUGCUCGAUGAGGAGCUGGACAAGAUUGAGCGAGAGAGGCGGUAG